AUGGCGCUUUCUGAAUCAGAAAGUGUUGGCUAUGGCGGCAUCAAAACAGGAUCAUCGGUACAAGCACCAAAAUCACCUCACGAGGAAUCAACACCACCAGAUCAAUCAAUUUCUUCCCUGACGAAACAGAAUUCCAUUUUCUCGCUUACUCUCGACGAAAUUCAACUUAAGAGUGGGAAGACUUUUGGGUCUAUGAACAUGGAUGAAUUCCUUGCCAACUUGUGGAAUGUGGAGGAAAACCAAAUUCCAUCACAACUUAACCAAAAUGAAUUUAUCAAUCACAAUGACAUCGGAGGCCAACCAACUUUAGCACGACAAGGCUCUUUUUCCAUCCCUACACCACUUUGCAAGAAAACAGUGGAUGAGGUAUGGAUUGAGAUACAGAAAGACCUACCGCAGCAGCGAAAAGCUAACAACUUUACCGAUCACGAACCUCCUCAGCGGCAACAAACAUUUGGAGAGAUGACUUUGGAGGAUUUUCUCAUCAAAGCAGGAGUUGUUCAAGAACCGUCAGGAUCUUCCCAACAAAAGAAGGUGACUCUUAUCCAGACCAAUAGCACAAGUUUGGAUGCAAGCUAUGGAAUGGGGCAGCUGAUAGGAUCUUCUCAACAAAAGAUGUUGACACCUAUUCAAAAUAGCCAUGCAAGCUUGGAUGCAAACUUCGGAAUGGGACAUGUGAUGGGACUAGGAUUCCCAGGUCAACAAAUUGUAGCCAACAACUUGGCAGCAGCAGCAGCAGCAGCAGCAGCAGGCAAUGGUUACGCAGCAGCAUACCCGAUUUUCACACAGACUAAAACUCUUAUAGGGGAAUCUUCUAAUGGUGCUGAAAAUGGGAAUGGAACCAAUAAUAUGUCAGAGCCUGCAGUGCUACAGUACAAGAAGAGGAUCAUAGAUGGUCCACCGGAGGUGGUAGUGGAAAGGAGACAGCGCCGGAUGAUUAAGAAUCGAGAAUCUGCAGCAAGAUCUCGAGCAAGGAAACAGGCGUAUACAGUGGAGUUGGAAUUAGAGUUGAAUCAGCUCAAACAGGAGAAUGCAAAGCUGAAGCUGCUUGUGGAGGAAAACGAGCAAAGACGAAAGCAAGAGGUUUCGAAAAGAAAGCAAUCAACGCCUGCAGAAAAGAAGGUUGAUAAGAUGAGGACAUUAAGGAGGACAGUGAGCUUGGGCUGGUGAACUGGGAAUAGAGAUUCACAAUGCUGAGCUUAAUCA